CUUUACGACGUACAUACUUUAGAAUAACUAAAAAAAAGUUUCAUUCGAGAAUAAAUAUAUAAAUGAAAGGAUCCUUACUUAAUAAAUGGUUAUGCUUCUGUUUGAUUUUCAUUAGUUGUGUAAUAGUUGAUGCUCGUCCUGCAAAUGGACUUGCUAAACGACAAGCUAUUGAUAAUAAUGAUAUAAAUAUACUUCACCAUACAACUUCAACAAAAUCAAUAACCACAACAACAGCUACUACAACAGUUACUACUGCUACAUCAACCCCAAAUAAGGAUGAACAUGAUGAAAACAACAACACGAAUAAUGACAGUACAAUUAUUACAGCUGGAAGUACCGAAUGGUAUGUGGCAGUCUAUGGUACUGAAUCUGGGAUUUCACCUCAAAUGGCUUCCUUAGGAGCUGUACUCAUCGUAUUUGGUUUAUUUUUAUGCUCAAUGGGUUUUAGGCUCUCUAAAUUUAUGUUCUUUGUUAUGGGUUUAUUAACUUUUGGAUCUAUAACCUGGAUUGUGCUCGCAAAUUGCAAGCCUGAAGCAGGUUAUAGCAGGGACUCAAUUACAAUGAUUGUUGUACCUGUUGGUGUGGGAGUUAUAGGUGGGCUUGUUUACUAUUUUAUUUGGUCUCUGGCUAUGUAUCUUAUUGGCGCCUUUGGAGGAUUUCUUUUUGCUACCUUUAUAUGCUGUUGGAAAGAUGAUUUUUUGAUUAUAAAUAUAAUUGGAAGAUAUUGUUUUAUAGGUGGAUUUGCUCUUGUAUGUGCUAUUAUCGUCUAUUUUGCCAUUCGACCCGUCAUGCUUUUAACGACAUCCUUUGUAGGCGCGUAUAUCUUUAUGUUUGGUGUUGAUUGUUUGGCACGAACAGGAUUUAUAGCAGGUCCUGAAGCACUUUAUAAUCAUAACCCAAGAAACCUUGUUCAAUAUCAGCUGGGAACCAAAAUUUAUGUCUUAUUAGCCAUGAUUAUUUUUAUGUUUCUAAUGUCAGUUAUAUGGCAAUACAUUUUUAAUAAGGCCAUUGAGUUUGGCUUACAUGUAGCAGCGGCAAUAAAGGGUAAACAGGCUCAUGAAGAGUUCCAUGAACAUCAAGAUGAAUUACCCGAACAACGAGACAUGCCUGAACAAGCUUCUGUACAUCCUCCUACUUCAACACACCAUUGAUCGCCCUUGAAUUUUAACUAUUGUAUUUUAUUAUUUGUUUGGAAGAAGUUCCAAAGAUUUUUUUUUUUAAUAACAUGAUUAUAUGUCUGUUUCUUAUAAAUAAAU